AUGUUCAACAGCUGGGGGCUCGUCAAUGCGUAUGGGACGUUUGCGUCCUACUACGAAGAUCAGUUGCUGCCGGGACACGAUAUGCUACUGCUGAAUCUUGUUGGCUCGACGCAGUCCUUCUUUGUGCUUGCACUGUCCUUCAUUGUUGGCCGACUGUUAGACGCCGGGUAUAGUCGGUACCUAAUCGGUGUCGGAUGGGUGCUAGUCACCAUCGGCAUGUUUAUGCUGAGCCUCUGCAACGGCGACGGUCAGUUUGGCCACGGAAACUAUAGCCUUAUUUGGCUCACUCAAGGCUUCGUCACGGGCCUAGGCAUGGCCUGCUUCUUCGUUUCCAGCUCGCAGAUUGUGGCGACGUGGUUUAUUUCCAGGAAAGGCGCUGCAAUUGGCAUCGUGGCCUCAGGGGCUAGUAUCUCCGGUCUCGUCUACCCAAUGAUGGUCAAGUUCCUCAUUGGCAAGGUCGGAUUCAAUAAGGCGGUCCAAUACGUCUCGGCAGUUGUGUGCUUCACUUCCUUCCUGUCAUUCUGGCUGGCUACUCCAAACCCUGCACAUACGUUCCGCAAGCCGGAGAGGUGGCUCGACCUUCGUGUUUGGAUCGAUAAGCAUGCGUUCCAGAAUGCGGCAUUCUGCUGGUUCAUGGCUGCUAUUGCCUUCAUGUUCUUCGGCUUCUAUGCUAUCUUCUUCGAGAUUGAAGAGUGGGCUGCAAGCAAGGGCAUCGGCUACAAGGGCGAUGGAACUCACCCGGAGCAGCGCCCCAAAAACGCCAUCCGUACUUUUUACCUUCUAAGCAUCAUGAACGGUUGUAGUACCGUCGGCCGCAUCAGCUCUGCCUAUCUUAGCGACCACUUCGGAGCCUUGAAUGUGCAUAUGGUCGCCAGUCUUCUUGCGUCGCUUCUGGUCCUCCUCCUUUGGCCCUUUGCCUCCACGGUCGCCGCCGCAAUUGCCUUUGUCAUUCUCUUCGGUGCAGUCUCUGGUGCUGUAAUCGGCCUCCCGCCUGCCUCUGUCGCCUUUAUCCUCGGUCACAAUCACGUCCAGCAGGCUAAAUUGGGCCAGUGGACCGAGCUACCUGACCGUACAGUUGUGGAGUGGGACUUGUCUGUUCUUAUGCUUUGUAUGUAUGGCAAUAGCGAGGCUGUGUUCUAG